CUGCUGCUGCUGGCUGAGUGAAAGAAAGACCAACGCAGCGAAACACAAGGUAGGCUGCUAGCUGAGAGGGCAGCAUGGCGGGGCUUCAGGACUUCCAACAAGGCAGCCACUGUCACAGGAAAACGUGGAUCAAUAUACUACUAGGAAUACUACAAUUACUUUUACCCUGCGUACAGCACGGAGGGGCUCAGCUGCAAGCUCUGAGUCAGAUGUCCACCAGCGUGGUCGAGGUCUGGCAACCAGAGGAUGCAGACCCAUUAAUCCAACUUCAGGUGGAGAAGGAACGAAGAAAAGAUGGUCUUCCACUUGAAGACAGUUCCUCUCUAUAUACGCGGGAGACUGGGAGGCCCUUGCAUUUUCAGCCCCCAGCGUUGGAGUUUGGGACGCAGCCGCUGGGGCUGCCAAGAGCGGAAACCAUAUAUAUACACAACCCCAGCCAGGAGGUUCCUGUGACACUGCUGUCAAUGUUUACAUCCAGCAGGCAUUUUUACGUACCUUUCUUGCACAGAAGGGUGAUCCCACCCAGAGGGAAGGCAUCUUUUAAACUAAUUUUCCUCCCGUCUGAGGAGGGCAAUGUAGAAAACACAUUAUUUAUAAACACAUCGGCCCAUGGGCUGCUGUCAUACCAGGUAUUUGGUGUGGGAGUUCACCGGGGUUUGUUAAAGUCUGUCCAAAGAAAGGAUAGUCUGCUAGUAUUCCCUCACAUCCAGAGCAUUAAGCUGACCCAAACUCAGGAAGAUGCCUCCAACAUCACUAUACUGGGUCUACUCCUGGAGUGCAGCUUGCCGAAGAGUUUGUUCAACAGUCCUCAGGGGUCCUGCCUCCAGAGCGAGGAGCGCCUCAGCCUGCAGAUUAAUCUGUCGGCGCGUGGUGACCGGCCCACUGACCUGGACAAACUCAAGCCUUACGUCAUUGAGCACAUUUUGGUGCUGCUGAUGGCCCCCACUGCUGGACAGGCUGCAGUAGGUGAACCAAAAAUAGGAAUUUAUAUGUUAAAUUCUGGAGGCAAGAAGCUGUAUGUAAAGGACAUGCAGGUGCUAUCAAAGGUGGAGGCCAGCCUGGAAUUUAAUCAGGUUCUCCUGAGACCAGAGGCAAAAAACUUCACUAAAGUGGCAACGCUUGCCUGCAGAGGUUCAAUGCCGGGUCAUGGAGGGAAAUGCAUGAAUCAUAUCAGUUUAAAAAUUCUGGGAAACCAGACAACCUUCAGCUUCCCUGGACUACAUAUCACACCAAAAAGGACCAUGGGGGAUUUGUUCAACCUGUUCCAGGUGAAACAAAGAGAUGCAGACCAGGUGGAUCUGUGGCUGACUAACUCCCUCCUCCUGCCCGUCACUGUGAUGAACGCCAGCCUCUCACAGAAGCUGCAGGGAGUAAUGAAGGUGGUGAACUUCAGUGCUCCACUCACAGUUCCCCAGGGCUGCUGGCAUAUCAUGUCCCUCCAGCUGCUCAGCAGGGCCCUGCCCGUCAACCAGGUGUUCACCCUCAGUCUGGACACCAGCCUGGGCACAACCCUGCACGUUCCCCUCUACUUUAGCUCUUCUCCUUUCAAGCAGGGGGAGGUGGUGUUUGAGGCGGAACGAGAGUGUGGACGUCCCUGUCCUCUCAGAAUGUCUGAAACAGGUCGUUCAGAGUGGCAGCGUUCCCUCCUCCCAGACUUUUUCCCUUCGUCUUGGGCUGUAGACAGCAAACUGGCUGCUGAGCUCUGCUCUCGAUGGCAGAACCACAAAGACAAACUAUCUUGCAGGUGGCCCAGACUCCCUGUAGAGACAUCCUUUCCUCUGGACUUUGGUGCUACACCCGUCAAUGAGAGCAAGGUGAAGACGUUCAUGCUGAAGAAUCCUUCUUCUUCAGUGGUUUCGGUAGAGAUUAGAAUCCUCUCACUGUACCCUGCCCCCCUGGAGGCUCUGGACCUUCUAACCAAAUGGUUUAAUAUCAGCCCACUCUCUGUCAACAUCAGCACUACAGAGUUUUCUCUGUUGGCUUCUUCCCCUAAGGCGGGUGAGAAUGUGGAUGACAUGACAAGGGAGGGUGUCCUUCGUCUGCUGCUGCAGCCCUGGGAGGCCAGAGAGGUUGCUGUGGUCUAUUCUCCCUCUGAACACAAACCCACCACCACCAUUCUCAUCAUCAGGAACAACCUGACGGUGUUUGACAUGAUGACGGUGCAGGGCCAUGGGGCCAAAGAGCUGCUAAGAGUCGGAGGCAAACUGCCCGGCCCAGGAGCCUCUCUGCGCUUCAAUGUUCCUCAGUCAACUCUAAUGGAGUGUCGUGAUGGCCUGCGCACCAACAAGCCGCUUUUCGCCAUCAGAAAGAGUUUUAAGGUGGAGAACGCAGGAGAGCUUCCUCUGACUGUCAUGUCGAUGAAUAUUAACGGAUAUAAGUGUCAGGGAUUCGGCUUUGAGGUGUUACAGUGUCGCCCCUUCAGCCUUGACCACAACACUUCCUCUGAGAUCACCAUUGCCUUCACCCCAGACUUCACCUCGUCCUGGGUGAUCCGGGACCUCACCCUGGUGACAUCACGCGGCACCUCUUUCCCUUUCACCCUCAAUGUGACGCUGCCCCACCACAUGUUGCCUCUCUGCGCUCAGGUGGUUCCCGGCCCCAGCUGGGAGGAAACUUUCUGGGUGGUCACCCUCAUCUUCACAUGCUUCUCUCUGUUCGGUGUGUGUCUGAUGGCCUUCCAUCAGGCCCAGUAUAUCCUGAGUGAGUUCUCCUCACCCAGCAUCAGAAGCAACCACAACUCUGUCCUGUCCCGGGAUAACGACUCCGUCAAUAAUAUCACAUCCAACGGAGUAAAUAAAACAAAGGGCAGCUGUAAGAGCUAUGUGGACACCUGUCACACCUCUGACAAAGGUAAGGGGCGUGGCUCUCCAGCCUUGGCCAACAGCCCUGCCUCACGUCCACAGUCAACCUCAAAGAGAGGCUCCUUAACCACCACAUCCCAGCCGCAAAAGAAACACAAGGUUUCACUCUAUUACACCAAGUACAAGUCGAGCUCAUCCACAGCCUCGCCUGGUGCUGUGACUGUGGAUGAAGAGCACGAGGACCUGACACCGGACCCUCCCCUGACCCCAGACCCCGAUGUCUGCAACAACAACGAACCGACUUUCAUCAGUGAGCUGGAUAAAAAGACACCUUCAGAUUAUAAAGAAGACGCCCACAGCACUAUAGGAGAGAGAGUGCCAGCAGCAGUUAUGUUUCCCAUGGAAAUGCCUGCUGGUUUCCCAGAUAACGUCACAGUGGGUCCAGGACCUAGACCCGGCCUGUUAGUGUGCAGCCCUGUAGAGAAGAGCUGCACUGAGCACUAUGCAGAGAAGAUCGACUCUGAGAAAAGGGACAGUUCUGAAAUGGAGCUGAGAGAAGACGGCAAAGGCCAGAAAAAGAAAGCACAGAGUGCAGAGGCUGGCGCUGCACCAGGAAGUAAUAAGGGAAAGAGGAGUCGCAGGAAGACAGAAAAUGUCUCCAGUGCUCCUGAGCACAAUGUAGUAGUGAUACCAGAGAGGGAGAAAGAACCUGAUUGGAAAACAGGGGAGCGAAUUGCCAGUGGACCCCGCAACAGGAACCGCUGCUGCAAUGGCUUCAAGUCAGAAGCACCAAAGCCUGGACUGAGUGUUGAGAGCCCCCUCAAACAGAACGGUGUGUGUCCUUCUCGUACUCGAAGGAAGUGUGCUACAGAUCGGCGCGGUGGUGGAGUGUGUGAGUCGGGCUCGGACUCCGGCAGCUCAUCAGGCAGUGUGAGGGCCAGCAGAGGGAGCUGGGGCAGCUGGAGCAGCGCCAGCAGCAUGGAGGGAGACAAAGACCCCAAUGCCCGAACGCAUGCCUGCACUACCUCAUCCAGAAAAAGGGAAUCCAUGCAGUACAGCGUCUACCCAGUAGAGAGAGACUGCUACCAGACCAUGAAUACAAAUUACAAGGCUCUCAGCAUGAACAGCUUGUACCACAAAGAUAUGUGCCAAAGCCCAGAUCCCACAGCAUCCAGCUUUGCCCCAAGUUUUGCUGCUGUUGCUGCAGGAGUAGACCGCAACAUGGAUCUGACAGGUCAGUAUUUGCCUGAAGAAACAUGGUCCGCUCCAUCCAUCCCUCUCACCAAUGAGUUCAGAUACAACACCCCCGAAGCUCUGCCCUACAUACCUCAGCCAGCAACCACCGCCUCAUACAAUGGGUUUACUUGGAAUAAUGCCAACAGCCAUUGCAACGGUCCCUACACCUACUGUGAGGACAGCAACUACAUAGGUAACGGAACGUUUCCAAGUGGUUUUCCUGGUCAGGAGGCCCAGAAUGCACACGGCAAUCAGAGCAGCUGGAGUGAGGAACAGCAUCAGGAAUCGCCCUCAACCUGGGACACAGCAGCCUGUGUGGGUAGCAAGCCAUACUUCUCGGGUACCCGCAGCCUCUCCCCCAUGUCCAGUCUGUUUGGAUCCAUCUGGACGCCACAGAGCGAGCCCUACCAGAGCCACUUCCAGCCUGAGCGAUCAGCCCCGAUGUCCCCCGUGUCCCCCAUCACCCCGCCUCAUUCUCCCUUCAGCCGAGAGCCAGAGGCGACGUGCGCUCCGAUCCAGUACUCCAGCUUCAACCCCUUUGGCCCGCACAUGAACCUGGACAUAUGGAACUCUUCCUCCAACCGCAGCUCCAACUCACAACUCUCCAACGACUCUGGCUACUGUGGAGAUGUCUGAAAUAAAUUUAUAAAAACAAAAACAAAGCGGCAGACCUUAAACAAUAAUUGCAAACAUAUAAAACAUUGAUAUGUAAAAGAAAGGAAAUAAAAAUGAAUGUUCUUUUAUCAUUAAUGGGGAAAAUGUGAAUAUUCCUUCUCUUUUAUGUUCCCAUUUUCAAAUGUUAAAUGUUGUGAAAGGUUGAUUUGUUGUAUAUUUUUCUAGAUGUUUUGCAGUUUUGAUCAUAGAAAAUAAAAAAAAAAAGGUUU